AGGCAACGGCAAACAGGAACUAGCGGUAACCAAACGACAGCGCACAAGACGAGCCAAGGAGCGUCACUCGAAGGUCGCAUGUCGAGGGGCACUCGAAGACUGUGGGUGUUAGUGAGGAAGAUGCACGGGAGGCUUAGAUGGAAAAAUAUGACACGCUGUUGCAACGCCUUAUCGGGACAAGCCAAAAGGAAAAGAAGAAGAAGAUUAAUAAUAUUAUUAAUGUGUUCAAUUAAAUAAUUCAUUUAUUUAUUUAUAUAGGGCACUCGUUUGAAACUUAAUGAACAGUGUCGCCAUUAAAGUGACAAAAAACAAUCCUGUGAAAAAUCUUUCCUGUGCCAAAGAUCCCCAGCUGUCCUCGGCAGUCAAGGGGCAUCCAAGAGCAGACAGGACAACGCAGCAUCUGGUGGAGGUUUUACAUGCGGCUCCUCGCUCCUGUCGCCAUGGAGAUGAAGUCUGGCCCAACCUGUACCUGGGUGACAUGGUCAUGUCACAUGAUAGGUUCGGACUGUGGACGCUGGGAAUCACUUAUGUGCUGAACGCAUCGCAUGGCAAACUGUGCUGCAAAGGCAGUAACGACUUCUACGGAACCACGGUGAAAUACUACGGUGUGCCAGCCAAUGACCUCCCGACAUUUGAACUUUCACCUUUCUUCAGCCCGGCUGCUGCCUUCAUUGACCAGGCUCUGACGUCUGGAGGAAGAGUACUGGUGCACUGUGCUGUGGGUGUGAGUCGCUCAGCCACAUUGGUCCUUGCCUACCUGAUGAUUCACCAUCACCUCAGUCUCCUGUCUGCAAUUCAGUGUGUGCAGCAGAAGCGCUGGAUCUUCCCAAACAGAGGUUUCCUGCGGCAGCUUUUGCGUCUCGAACGGACCCUGCAGAGCAAAGGAGAGACGUUACCAAAAUAGAAGUUCGUAGACUACUGCUUUACCGUCUCAAGCAAUUCAUUUGUAUGCAAAAUUAAUCAGUAAAUGUAAUGCCCUCAUCCAAGUUUACAUUACAUACAAUCUAAUAAUGUUAUCACAACAAAUUUAAAAAAAAGAUCUAAACAUGUUAAAUGUGCUUUUCAAUGCAAAAUCAUCAACAAUGCACCAAACACUACACUAUGUUAAAUUGAUGACACUUGAAAAGUGUGACAGUUUAUUUAAUAGGUGCAUGAAUUACGA